AUGCCUCAUACUCUAAGUUUGGUGUUCAGUACCAUUGGUCUUUGCUCCAAUGUCUAUGCUCUUCGAAACAUGAAUUCAGCUGCUUUUGAAAACCCAUAUGCCCUUGGAUUUGGUGGUCAAUAUCAGUAUUUAACUAUUCUUGGCUUGUCCACUGCUACUAUCGCUUUUGGCCUAAAAAUCAUUCGACAUUUUAUACCCAGUUUUUCACCUCGUGAGUUGUAG